AUGGCUUCCAUGGCGAUGCAGAUGGCCGGCUGUGUCCUGGGCCUCUUCGGCUGGAUCGGGGUCCUCAUCGUCUGCGCCACACCCAUGUGGAGAGUCACGGCCUUCAUCGGCAGCAACAUCGUGACAUCGCAGGUCAUGUGGGAGGGCAUCUGGAUGAGCUGUGUGGUCCAGAGUACGGGACAGAUGCAGUGCAAGGUGUAUGACUCCAUGCUGGCCCUCAGCACAGACCUGCAGGGGGCCCGGGCUCUGGUGGUGGUCUCAAUCGUUGUGGGCCUCGUUGGGAUCCUGGUAGCUUUUGCGGGAGGGAAGUGCACCAACUUCAUUCCAGAGCAGAGUGCCAAGGCGAAGGCUUCGGUAGCAGCCGGUGUUCUGCUCAUCAUCAGUGGAAUCCUCUGCCUCAUCCCCGUCUCCUGGACCGCCAGCAUCAUCAUCAGAAACUUCUACAGCCCUCUGCUCGUGGAUGCCCAGAAAAGAGAGCUGGGGGCUACUCUGUACAUCGGCUGGGGGGCCGGGGCCCUGCUGGUCGUGGGGGGAGCUCUUCUGUGUGCCAACUGUCCAAAAAAAGAGGAUGAAGCCCCCUCUGUGAAGUACUUCCUGAAUGAUUCAGGAGGAUACAGUAAGCAGGACUCAGUCCGAUCUAUAGCAAAGACAUACAUUUGA